GGGGUUAAGCACCUAUUUCGGAGCCAGCAUCACAGUGGCCAUGCCUUUCACAGGGUGCUCAAUUCUAAACAGCAACGGCAACUUGGCAAGAAUUAGCAGUCCCAUGUACAAUCCCUGCUGACGUUGCUGUAACGUCACAUAUCCGAGUAAUGCAUCAGAUGAUGUGGGCAUAUAUAGAGCCCGACAUCUGCCCUGCCGGAUCGUUCAUCCCCAACCAGAUAUCAACAAGCCACCUCAGGCCUCCAAGAAAUAUCAUCGGCAUAUCAUCAUGUCUCACACGUUCCAGCCUGCACCAGAGCCUCCGUCGGAGCUUGGUCGCUACCGCAUCCUCUCCUCCACCGCCGGCGUGCGGGUGUCUCCCCUCGCCAUUGGAGCCAUGUCCAUCGGUAAGGCAUGGGAAAAGCAGAUGGGAAGCAUGAGCAAAGAAGCUUCCUACAAACUUUUCGACCACUAUGUCGCCAAAGGAGGUAACUUCAUUGACACGGCCAACAACUACCAAGACGAGGAGUCUGAAGAAUGGAUUGGCGACUGGAUGGCCGAACGAGAGAUUCGCGAUCAAAUGUUCAUUGCCACGAAGUACACCACCGACUUUCGAGGCUACAAGAUCGGCAAAGGUAACAGUGCAAACUACUCGGGCAACCACAGAAAGUCACUGCACUUGUCCGUCCGCGAGUCACUCAAGAAGUUGAAGACGGACUACAUCGACCUCCUCUACCUACAUUGGUGGGACUGGACCACAUCAAUCCCCGAGAUCAUGGACUCGUUACACAUGCUCGUAGAGCAAGGUAAAGUGCUAUAUCUUGGUAUCUCCGACACACCUGCAUGGGUCGUCAGCGCGUGCAACGAGUAUGCGAAAGCAAAUGCAAAGACGCCCUUCUCCGUUUACCAAGGACGAUGGAAUAUCCUAGCACGAGAUUUCGAGCGCGAUAUUAUUCCCAUGGCGCGUCACUAUGGCAUGGCGCUGUGCCCUUGGGACGUUAUCGGAGGCGGCCGCUUCAAGUCGUCAAAGCAGAUGGAGGAGCUCGAAAAGUCCGGCUCAAAGAUCCGCAGCUUUGUCGGCGGCGAGCAAACAGAGGAAGAAGCCAAGGCGUCAGCCACUCUAGAGAAGAUUGGAAAUGAGCUUGGUGCCAGUCUCUCGGCCGUUGCGCUUGCGUACACAAUGCAGAAGACGCGCGGUGUAUUCCCACUGGUGGGCGGGCGCAAGACGGAGCAUCUGGAUGAUAAUAUCAAGGCGCUGAGCUUGCAUCUGAGUGACGCGCAGAUCGAGGAGAUUGAAAAGGUGAAGCCGUUUGAUCUUGGUUUCCCAAUGAGCUUUAUCUCGGACGAUCCGACUGAGACGGGCGUGUCGCCAAUGUUGGUCGCUGCGUCUGCUCAGAUUGCGUGGCAGCCAAAAUCGAAGCCGAUUGGACAUCAAUAGAUAAUAUAGACGAUAGUGAGGGCAUGAGGAUGGUGUUGAGUUGUAUGCUACAUCUGACAAAGAGAAGUGAUCGACAUAGAUAUCCUAUUUCGCUCCCUUUCGCAUCCUGCUUCGCAGCUG